AUGUCGAAUCGCGUUCGUGAACCUAGCUUGAAGAGGACCUCCUCGUCCCAGGAGAACCGCACCUCGGCGUCUUGGAAUCGCGACCCCAGCAACUUCUCGCACCUCCGAGGGCUGAAUCCCACAUAUGACGAGCAUCCCGACGUAGACGGGAACCCACUCGGUCACAUUCGGUCGACUGGGCCGUCCACCGCUGACCCGGACAGCCUUAUCGAGGACACGUCUGGUGCGAAAACCCCUACGCAUGAUCGCGCGACCACUCCGAUACCCGGUGAGAAGACCCGCUCGCAAGACAUGAAUCGUUCUGCUAGUACAUCUCAAUUCCAUAGCGCGCAUAUAUGA